AAAAAAAUAAAAAAUUGUUUGAGUGAUGUAAAAGGGUAUAUAGGUAAUUUCAAGAUGACAAAGGGCAUUGUUUGGUCAACAAGCAAAUGGGAGGCACCCACGUCAGCAUCCUUCAAUUGGAAUAGUGGUACACAAUGAGAGAAGACAAGAGGAUGAAAGAGAGUAUGUAUAUAUAUAGAUAUAGUAAAGCUUGAGAUUUUGGUAGGGUUGGAGGAGGCAGCCAAACCGUAGUGAAACAUUAGAUAUUAGAAAUGGGAAGGUCUCCUUGUUGUGAUGAGAGGGGACUCAAGAAAGGUCCCUGGACUCCUGAAGAAGAUCACAAACUUGUCAAAUACAUCCACAAACAUGGCCAUGGCAGCUGGAGAGCCCUCCCUAAACUCGCAGGUCUUAACAGAUGUGGGAAGAGUUGCAGAUUAAGGUGGACUAACUACUUAAGGCCUGAUAUAAAGAGAGGAAAGUUUUCACAAGAAGAAGAACAAACAAUUCUCAAUCUCCAUUCCAUCCUUGGCAACAAAUGGUCUGCAAUUGCCACCCACCUUCCCGGACGAACUGAUAAUGAAAUCAAGAAUUUCUGGAAUACCCAUCUCAAGAAGAAGCUAAUUCAGAUGGGUUUUGAUCCAAUGACUCACCGGCCUCGAACUGAUAUUUUCUCAAGCUUACCUCAUCUCAUUGCUCUGGCUAAUCUCAAAGAGCUCGUGGAACACCAUUCAUGGGAAGAACAAGCUGUGAGAUUGCAGACAGAAGCUGUUCAAAUGGCUAGUCUUCAAUACCUUCAAUAUCUCCUUCAACCUCAACCUUCCAUGUCAACUUUCUCAAACAACUCAAACUCUACUGUCACAGAUAUGGAGACUUAUAAUCUUCUGAACUCACUAUCUUUAAUGAAAGAUAGCUCAAUCCAAUUUGGAACUCCAACCCCAUCUUCUCUUGGAACUACUACCACUCUUCAAUCAAUCCAGGACUCAUUCCCUUUCUCUCAUAUGCCUGAUUUGCAAGUACCAUCUAGCUUUCAAGCACCUAUGGAUAACAAAGACAUAGUUCAAGCUUCUGAUUAUACAGUGCUCAGCCACGGUGAACACUCGCCGACUUCUCCAUGGCUUGCAUCAACCACAUCUCCAUCUCCUCCAAUGGCUGCUGCUCCGACUUCGAUAGCAAACAUGGGGGAUGCUUGCAGUACUUCCAGCUAUGAAGGUGGGCACUCUUCGUUUUGGCCUGAAGUCCUCCUUGAAGACCCCUUGUUUCAUGAGAUUGCUUAGUUUUUAACUUAUUUGCUUGGAAGGUUUGGAGUUGCUUGCACUACCCUUUUUUCUUUGUAUUUUUAUUGGUAUACAUACUGUAUAUCUAUAAUCCAUCUGCAUAAUAGUUGAACAAUGCAUUAAUGAUAUGUACAAAACUAUAAUUAUUAAUGUUUCUGAU